AUGAGUCGCAUUCUUUUAAAACAACUCAACAUUGUGGAAAGACGCUCACUUUCCACCCUGAUCUCCAACAAAAGAGCUUUACAGCAACCCAUUCGUUCAUUGAGCAUGUCAAAUACUGCACUAGCAAAUAGACGUUUAACUGUUACAAAGAAUUGGCUCGCAUCAUCAAAUCAAUCCAGAAACAUGUCUGCCGCCUCUUCAACCACAAUUUCUGGACUCGAAGCUGCUCAAGCCGAGAUCCUCCCCAAGAGCAACUUGGCAGUACGCGAAAUCAUCUUGAAUCGUCCCAAAAAGCUGAAUGCCUUGAACUUGAACAUGGUGCGUGCCAUGACUCCCGAACUCCAGGCGUGGGAAAAGUCUGAUUUAGCUAAAAUCAUCUUACUAAAGAGUUGUGGUGGAAAAGGUUUUUGUGCAGGGGGUGAUGUCAAGACUGUUGUCGAUUUAGCUGAAGCUGGAGACCCAAAUGCCACCAAAUUCUUUGAGGAUGAAUAUCAAUUGGAUCAUUUAAUCGCAACAUUGGAUACACCUUUUGUCGCUAUCAUGGAUGGUAUUACCAUGGGCGGUGGUGUCGGCUUGUCUGUUCAUGCUCCUUUCCGUAUUGCUACUGAAAAGACCUUGUUCGCUAUGCCUGAAACCGCCAUUGGCUUCUUGCCCGAAGUAGGUGGAUCCUUCUUCUUAUCCCGUUUGGAUGGUCAAUUGGGUGUCUAUCUUGGCUUGACUGGCAAGCGUCUCAAGGGCACUGACGUCUUGUAUUCUGGUGUCGCGACUCACUUUGUUCCAUCGUCUCGUAUUCCUGCUCUCGAGGCGCGUUUAUCCGAACUCGAUAAUGCUUCCCACGAUAUUGUGAACCAAGCCAUUGAAGAAUUCUCUGCUGAAUUGGACAACGAACCUGCCUUCUCCUUGUCUGGCGAAACUCGUCAAGUCAUUGACCGCUGCUUCAAGUAUGAUACCGUUGGUGAAAUCGUACAUGCGUUGGAGAAGGAACCCGAGACUGAAUUCACAAAGGAAACUUUGGGCUUGUUGAACAGCAUGUCACCUACUUCUCUCAAGGUUACCUUGCAGCAAAUCCGUAACGGUGCUUCUUUGAGCUUGGCCCAGUGUUUCAAAAUGGAGUAUCACCUUGUUCAAAAGUUCUUGCAAGGCCAUGAUUUCAAGGAGGGCGUCACUGCCACUUUGGUCACUCGUUCCAAGCCUAACUGGGUGCCUAAUCAGUUGAGCGAUGUGGAUGACACAAAGAUCAAGCAAACCUACUUUGACUCACCUUCUCCCUUGCGUUUGGAGCUGUUGAACAGCCGUGAUUUCAAGAAGUAUCCUCACCGUAAAUACAUGUUGCCUUCUGAGGAAGACAUCAAGCGUAUCGUCACUGGAGAAGCUGCUGAUGUCGGCAACUACGCAUUAAACCGUCAACAAGUUCUUGAUCAUCUACUUAGAGAACGCCAAGGCAAGCAAGGUCUCAAGCAAAAGGUGUUGGAGGUCUUGGAUCGUAAGACUGUAGAAAAUAAGAAGGAUGGUGAAACUUUGAAAUGGGUUUAUUAA